UGACGGUGUAGGUACGAAGCGGGUAAAAAUUUAUAUGAAUAUCGUACACCUGUGUAGGUAGACUUUUCGAAAAACUAACGACAGUAGAAAAGCAUCGUUAGAGUUGGCGAACCAGUAAGAUUUUGAUAUUUUGUUAACCGCUACGAAAUGCACGACUUGUGUCCACUAUGUUUGAAAAAAGGCGCAAAGAAAAACAUAAAAUUGUUACAAAUUAACUUGAAAGAGGCUGUAUGGAUGUGCGAAGAGGAAAAGUGCUUAUGGCCUUUUGGAUAUGAAGAUUUAGAAUUUUCCCACAGAGUAGUAGGAGAAAUAUGGUCCUGUUAUUGGAAGGACUACAAACCAACAUCGAGAUUAAAGGAAAAUAUAGUCCCAAUAAAACCAUCAGUAUGCGAAACAUCUACAUCCGAAUCUAAAACUACAUCAGAAGAAUUGAUUACUAAUUGUACAAAACAUAUUAUAAGUAAUAGUACAAAUAUAACAAAUUCAGCAUGUGUUUCUAAUAACUUAUCUGCUUCUAUUCCUGAGAAGCUAUAUAUGACGGCAUGUAUUAAAACUGAGGAACUAAAUGACGAGGAUGAUAAUGUUUUAAAUAACACAAUUACUAUUAACAAUCCAGACUUAAAUGAUAGUAAUGAAGAAGAUAUAAAAAUUAAAACUGAAGUUACAGAUCUGUGGAACGUAGGUACCGAAAGCAAAGAUGAUGUAGCCUUAAUAAAAGUUAAAAAUGAAAGAAGAACUCCGAAAAUAACAAGUAUAAAAAAGACCAAUAUUAAUGUUUCUAAUGUGAAGAUAAAAAACGAAAUUUCUAUUCAUCAAGAUUCAAGUCAGACGUUAUUAAAAGCUAAGAAGCCUGUGAAUGUUGAAGGAUCUGAAUUAAUAGAGUCUAGAAAACUGUCGUACUCUGAGCACAUUAAAAGAAAUGACAUGGUAUCAAAGUCUAAUUUAAGUGUAACCAAGAUGGAAAUAGAUGGUUUGCCACCUAUAACAUUGGCUUAUGAAAUGCCAGAGUUCACUACUAUUCCUGAAACCAUAUCUAAUCUGAAACUAUGUCAUAAAACUAACGAUACAAAGCCAAUUAGUUCAGAAACAAAAAGCACAUUCGUAAAACGGGAUUUAAAUUCCGGUAAACACUAUGAAAAGUUCAGUUUUAAUGCUAUUAAAAAGAAGAUAGAAUCGAGUAAUGGCAAUGGUAAUACCAAUAGCAAUAAUUCUUCGAGUAUAAAGACAAAUGUAAGAAUUCGAGAAACAGAAUAUUAUUUAACUAAUGAUACUGAAAAGAAAGAUAAUAGUAACAAUUCUAAUUUGAACAUUGCGAGUAACGAUAAUAAACGAGCAACUGAAAAUGUGGAUACAAAUGCGGAUACCACGUGCACAUCAAAUCAGCUAUCUAAUUCUAUGAUUUGUUUGCCAAGUCAAGAAAAUGUAGCACCUGUUACUGAAGUUGCAAACACUAGCGCAAAUAUAGAUGCUUUUCUGGAAGACUUUUUAGCUAAUGAUCACAGUGCUUCUGAAGAUAUAAAUGAUGACUGGUUAACUUCUCUGUUAAUCUAAGCUUGAAAAACAUAUUCAUAUAUAAUAACACAUGUUUUCAUAUUAUUUUAAUUGACGAUUAUUAAAAACUCAUAUUACAUUUUGCAAAAUCAUUGCUAUAAAAAUUCUAAUAUAACGUUAUAGUAGCUUUACUAUAAAAUGUAUUGUAUAUAAAUUCUUCAAAUUUCGUAUUACACAUUUGACAUCAAUUUACAAUCGAUAUACAUGAUUAUUAUUAUGUAUUUUACACACAUGGAUUAUACAGAAGCAUCAUUUUAUUUCGCAGUACACUGUCUAUUUAAAU